AUGCAAUCUAUUAAUUCAUUGAGAGAAUUAAAUUCCAAGCUCUUAGUUAAAAUUACAAUACUUAAAAAGGAGAAUGCUGAGAUUCCUGAACUUAGACUAAAGUUUGAAACUGAGAAUGCGAGGCUAAAACAAAUUAUUAAAGAGAAUACAAGGCAUAAUACUAAGAAUGCUGAACUCAAGUCUAGAGUUGGAAAACUUGAAGCCAAACUUGCAUUAUUAGAACAAGGUUCAGCAGUAGAUGGAAUAGUAUUGUCAUUUGGUCAGACACAAAAUGAUGAAGAAGCGAUGCCAGUAGUAACAGUACCAACUGUUAAUGUACCUAAUUCUAUAAUAAAUCAAAUCAAUAAUGAAGUAGGAUGA